GAUAGGAUAGGAUAGGAUAGGAUAGGAUAGGAUAGGAUAGGAUAGGAUAGGAUAGGAUACGAUAGGAUACGAUAGGAUACGAUACGAUAGGAUACGAUACGAUAGGAUACGAUAGGAUAGGAUAAGGACGAUAGGAUAGGAUAAGGACCAGCUUAGCUCUGCUUCCUUGGGCCCAGGGGAGGUUUGUCAAUGAUCCCAGAGCUCUUCCCGGAACUGGAGUUACUUCUGACCAGCACCCAGCUGACUCACCAGCACUUCCAGCACUGCCAGCAUUCCAGUGCCACCUUCACCACUAGCAUCCCUCUGCUGCUGGAGGGACAAUGACCUUUUAGGGAAGGGAAACAAGGAAUGGUAGAAACCUGUAGGGAAAGGUAAGGCAGUCAGAGAUUGGGACAUUCUGCAGGGGUGGAAUGUUUCUCAUCAGGAGGAAAUGAGGAGCCAUUUGGAAAAUAUUUCAUUUGGAGCUUUUGACAAAAGUCACUUCCUCUGCAGCAAAAAAAACCCCUAAGAUGAAUGACUCAGAGGAAGUGAGGUUCUGAUGUAGCCAAAGCUGCAAUUUCCCCCUGUGACUGCAUCCAGCUCUGGGGAGCAACACCAGGACAGGGCACGGAGAGAGCCAGCAGGACGGGAAUGGGGAGCUCCUGGUGAUCUGGGCACUUUCUCCUUCAUGUCACUGACCAGCCAGGAGCCGCUUUAGGACAUGGAUCCCAAAGGAGCAAGAGGUACCAGGGAGCGCCACUGAUCUGCACAGACCCCUUUGCCUGCUGCUGCCCCACAGGGAACAGGGAGCUGCUGAGGAGCCACAUGGUCCAUCCCUGGAUUCUCCAAGCACUGACUCUACAUCCACUCUGACCACAGCCAGGGGACACAUCCCACUGCCUGCCCAGCGUCCAUCUAUGGAGGUGGGCACCGUGUCCCCACCUGCCACCUCACCCCCUGAAGGAGGUGAUCUCUGUGAGACAGAUGUCACCACCGUGGCCAUACACAGUGUGACACUGCUCAUCGGCCUCUGUGGGCUGGCCGGGAACGGGGCUGUCAUCGGCCUCCUCAGCCGGGAAAAUUAUAACUCUGGCAUCUUUAAGCUGGCUGUCAUUGACUUCCUCUUCCUUCUCCUCACAGUCCCCACUGCCUUCCUCUUCCUGGUGGAGGACAUGUCCUGCUCUCCUAUCUUGCCCCUGCUGUACCUGAGUUUCCUUUUCCAUCUCUCAGUGGUCUCCUACUCCUGGCUGCUGUUCCGGCUGAUGCCCAGCAGCCCUCUGCUGUAUAUGUACAAGAUCUGCUUCCACAGGGACCUAAGUCUGCGCCUGAGGUGGGUGGUGGACAGUGUCCAAUACUGGGCCUUCUUUGCUCUCUUCGCUGUCAUUCCUGCCGUGACACUGCUAUGCCCAUCAAACGAGCAGGAGCACUGCCGGGCAGCUCUCAUCUCCAUGUACACCAUCAUUCUGCUCCUCUUUGCUGCACCCCUGCUCAUUUCCAGCGCAAUCAAUUUCAUUAAGGCCAAGUGGGGCUCCCAGCAGCAGCAACCCAAGAGGCGUGACAUCGUUAUCGUCCUCAUUGUGCUCUUUGCUCUCCUGCUCACCAUCUGCCAUUUCCUGCAGCAGCUCGGUUCCAUCACUGUGUCCUCACAGGCUUUUUUUCUGCUCACCUGCACCCACAGCACCAUCAAACCCUUAAUGUACAUCUUGGUGGGGAGCUGGAGGACAGACUGCUUCAUGGCGAUCUCCUGGGAGCACUGUACAGGGUCUCUAAGGGAAUCUCUCCAGAGGGUCUUUGAUGAGUAGAAAGAACAAACUGCCUGCAGAAAUUAUGCCCAUACUGACACAGGAGCUCUGAGCCGCUCGAUCCCUUCCACUGCUCUGCUGAAGGAUCUUGGCAUAAAGCCUGAAGGUUUCCUUGAGUGAACUGAUAAAUCAAUAUCCACAGGAUCACCCUCCCCGGCGUGCUGUAUUUCUGCAGGAGAAGGGACCAGAGGCAUUGCCUUGGGUGAUUUUUCUGAGAUGCUCUGCAGGGAGCAAAUUAGGGCAUGGCUUUCUUCCCCUCUCCUGGAUCCACAUAGCUCCAAGCAGCGCAGCUGGGCUCAGUGCUGUUCCCCAGCUCUAUUCCCCACGGAAUGACCCUCAUGGCCUCGACCCCAGGACAUGAACUCCAUCUCCUUGGGCUCCGCAGAUGAGUUUCAUGGUGUUUUCAGGGAGCUCUUCCCUGCACUGUAACACAUUUAAUCCCUGGGGACACACCCAGCACUGGGUGGCAGUGAUUUCCCAAAUCCCUGUGGGGCUGAUGCCUCUGGAUGGCAGGAGAGGGGUUGGGAUCACAUGGAGCAUCCUUCCCCUUCUGUCUUGUUUUUUUUUUUUCAAUUAUUUUUUAAGCUAUGGAGUUUUUCUAAUAUGAGUAGUGUGUUCACCUUGAGAGUUAUAAUGCUGAUCUCUGACCACUGUGGGCAGUUCAAGCCCGAAGCGCUGCACAAGCUCCAGGAAGGCGGGACGGAGGUGAAGCUAUGUUGGAAAAGUGGAAUGUGUCUGAAAGCGGGGAUGGAUUACAAAGAGGGUAGAAAGCCGGUUUCUGUUUUGGGUGGUGUGCCUCUGGCCGUGCCUCUGGCUGCGAGUAAGCACCGAGCACUGUUCCUUUUACCUUAUUUUGUCCUUUACUGUAGUUCAAUAAACUUCUAAAAAUUUUAA